AUGGCGGCUGCAGUUUGUGCUGUGCAACCGCUGCACAGCGGCAGCUUGCAGGCCAGGGGCAGGCGCCCUGUGGUAUCCAGUGUUGUGAUCUGUCAGCAGCAAGGCGGCGGGGCGCCCAAGAGCGGCUUCCGAGUGCUGGAGCGCACAGGCGCGCUCGUGCCGCAGGGCCUGCUGGUGAAGACUGCAAAGUAUGGCUGGCGCACCGCCUGGCAGACCUUGAUGACGGAGCUGGCGCCUCAGUCCAAGGACGGCACCUACCAGCGCCCCUCCUACAGCUUCCAGGGCAGGGUGGGCAGCCCCGAGUUCCCGCUGGAGCCGGGCAGGUACCACCUGUAUGUGGGGAACGCCUGCCCCUGGUGCCACCGCGUGCUGCUGGCGCUGGUGGUGAGCGGGCUGGAAGGGCACAUCAGCUUCUCGCGGGCGGUUGACGACCCUGAGCGUGCCAGCCGCGGCGGGUGGGUGUUUGACGGCAAGGACCCCGUGUUUGGGUGCCGCGACCUCAGGGAGGUGUAUGACCUGCUGAGCCCCGGCUUCUCCGGCCGCUGCACCGCGCCGCUGCUGGUGGACCGCAAGGCGCGGAGGGCGAUGUGCAACGAGAGCGCCUUCAUCGCCCGCAACUUUGCUGAGCUGGCGAUGCCACCUGGCGCGCCACCCGGCGCGGGGAGCGGGGCAGCCGGCGGCGGCGGCGGGGCAGCCAGCGGUGGCGGAGGAGGAGCGGUUGACUUGUACCCGCAGGCGCUGCGGGGCGAGAUAGACCGCUGGAACGAUAAAAUCUAUGACACAGUCAACAACGGCGUGUACAAAUGCGGCUUCAGCACCAGCCAGGCGGGGUUCACCCGGGCUGAGGCCGCGCUGUUUGAGACGCUGGCUGAGCUGGAGGCGGUGCUGAGCCGGCAGCGCUUUGUGUGCGGGGAUCGCUUCACGGAGGCUGACCUCCGCCUGUUCCCCACCAUCGUCCGCUUUGAUGCCGUGUACGCCACUCUGUUCAAGUGCUGCCGGCGGCGCGUGGCCGACCACCCGCACCUGCAAGCCUGGCUGCGUGACGUGCAGCAGCUGGAGCUGCCGGGGAGCCGCAUGCAGAUCAGGGACUGCUUCGACUUGGAUGAUGCGCGGCGCUCCUACUUCCAGCAGCUGUUCCCGCUCAACCCCGGCGGCAUCGUGCCCAGCGGGCCCACGGCGGCAGACCUGGGCUUGGAUGCGUUAACGAACUAUCCCAACGCGGCCUACAACAAUGCUAGAUGCGAGCCUGUGAGCAGCAACCACAGGCUGCUCGACACCUGGGUUGCUGCCGCGCGGCGGCACGGCGUGCCUCACCACAAGGUGGUGCCCUGGGUGCGGCGCAAGCUGGGACCCGCCGUGGUGGUGCUGCGCUUCCGCGGCGACGGCCAGCUGGGCUGCUCCGUGCCCUGCGUGCUGUGCCAGCGCGAGCUGCAGCGCUUUGACCUCUCCGUGCACUGCUACCUGGGCGGCGACGGCGCCCCCGGCGAGCGGCAGUGGUUCCGGGGGCGGCUGAGCGAUGUGGGGGCACCCACGCCCGUGCUGACGGCGGGGCAGCGCCGCACCCUCAACCUGGAGCCGUCCCCCAGCCAGCCCAAGAAGCCCCGUGACAGCCACCCGCCCGCCCUGAAGAACGGCGGCAGGAAGAAGAAGAAGCAGCCUGCGCCUAGCUGACGCGGGCAAGCCCGGCUCCAAGCCUGCCUCCGAGGCCCCCACCCCGUGCCUCACCAUUGCACCCGUCUGGUGUGCACAUUGUUGUGUCCAGUACUUUGCCUCGCUACGCCCCUACCCGCCACCCCUCCCAGCUUUUGCAGUUCUAGCGCCUGGCCCCCUUUGUGCCAACCCCAUUCUUCAGCCCUCCACUGCCCCUGGCAAUCCCCCGCAGCCUCCCUUCAGUCUGUACGACGCGCUGCUGUAAAUCAAGCCGCUC